AUGGCUCACACGCGCGCCUUCUCCUGCCUCCUGCUCUGCUGGCUGCUGGCAACUGUGGCAGAAGGACAGGACAUUCUGCCUGGCGUGGACCCGACAGACUGCCAGAUCUUCACCCUCACUCCUCCGCCAAUCACAAGGCGCCCCGUGACCAGGUUCCCGCCCAUUAUCAGGACACCCAAGUGUCCCAUCCAUUUCUUUCCAGUACAACGGCCCAGAGUCCACGUUCCAUUUCUAUUUCCAAACAGACCUUUGGUGCCUCCAAGGUGCAACCACCGUGUUCACUUCCAACCAGUUUGGAGACCACAGAGUCGCGUGCCUCCCCGUUAUAACUAUUUCCCCAUUAGACAGCUCCAGAAAGGAAGCUCAUCUGAGGAGAGCAGAGAGAAACGAGAAGCCCCUAGAAGGCUGAAGCAGAAGAGACGGAUGCCUCAGAAAAGGCUAAAAUAAAGACUUUUGUUUUCUAUGCUCAAACUAAGACUACUGGAAUUGAAGA